AUGAACAGAUAUAAACUUCACACUCAUGAAUGGACUGAAGGGAAAAAAACCAUAAACAGUGGCGUACUUGUGAAAGAAGUUACAGAUGGUGGUGAAGAUGACUUCUAUGGUUUUGUUAAACAUAUCUACGAGUUAGUAUACAAUUACUUGGAAUCGGAAAAUAAAGUUGUCUUAUUUUAUUGUGAAUGGUAUGAUUCAACUAGAGGCACAAAAAUAGAUAAGACAUAUGGUACUGUUGAGAUUCAAAUGGACCGGAGGCACAAAGCGUACAACCCUUUCAUAAUGUCAAAUAUUGUUAGGCAAGUUUAUUAUGUUCCUUAUCCUUCAUUUGUGCCACGUAAACGACAGUGUUGUGUUGUAAUAAAAACAAAACCAUUGGGUCAUAUUGGAACUGACGAUCUAGUGGAAGAUGCUGCUUACCAAGUUGAUGAAGUUGAAGUUAAUGAUGUGAUUCCAGAUGAACACACUACAAGUUUGUCUGAUACAAUGGUUAAGGGGAAUCAAGUUGAUGAGGAUGAAGAUCAUGAAGAUUCUGGAUCCGAGGACAAUAUCACAUCAGAUGACGAGGAUGAUAUGGAUGACGAGCAUGACGAUUUAGAAUAG